UUGAUCACUGGGUUCAUUUAAACUUCAUUCCAGUCAUUAGAAAGAGCAGGGGACGUUCCUUUCUGACUGGGACCAUGCUCCAGAAAGCUUUGAGGGAUACAUCCACCCAUCUAUUAUCUCCCCGCUUAUCCUGAGCAAGGUCGCGGGGGGUGCUGGUGCCUAUCCCAGCGUGCUUUGGGUGGAUACAUAUGCAAAUUGUUCUUGAAAAGAAUACCUAAUCAGGCGAGCCACGGGCGGAGCGAAAUAAGUUCGUCACGUCUUUUCCGCCCCUGUGGAGAAGAGGCAGCGAGAGGAGGAUAAAGUUUAGUCUUCGCGACGAAUGGAUACAGGGAGUGUGGGGCAGCGCUAAACGCAUCGACUCCAGUUAACUAUCGAAAGCAGCUGCGCAUCUUGCACAUAUUCAUUAGAAACUGCACUGUUAUGGUUAGAUCAACUUCCGAUGGCUAUUCGCUGAAAUAAGACAAAAACGGAACUGAACGAGGUAAACAAGUUCACAGAUUGGCUUGCUACCUAUAAUUGCUUUCGCGUGGAAUUAGCUGUUUUACAGAGCGAUUUCAUUAAUAAUGUUUGCCAUAUGCAGUCGUUUCUCUGCUUCGUUAUCGUUAAUGUUAGGGUGAAACCGUAUACCCAAUAUCACGUUUCUUGAUUUUUGCGUAGUUGUUACUCAAGAGGAGAAUGAUUUAAGGGUGUCUGCAGGACCAUUUUAUUAUUUUAUUCGUAGGAUUUGUGCUGAGCCCAAGACACGCGGAUGUGCAACUUUGGGUCGCGCUGAACGGACUAUGAAACCGUGCAAUCAGAGGUUUUUGCUGCACGCGGAAUGCUUUCAUUUUUGCUGAAGCGUUUGCGCAUUUGUUUCCACAUUAAAAGCGCGUGACUUAAACCUGCAGUUUAAAGGACAGCAUGGAAGCCGUUCGCAUGAGGAUUGCGAUUUCCCUCUGGUGCCAGCUCGCGAUCGCCGGCUCCAGUUUUGAGAUGGGAGCGUACGACGCGGAGCGCCGCGCGCAGGCGCAGUGCGAGCCCAUCGCGAUUCCCAUGUGCCAGGGCAUCGGAUACAACAUGACCAGGAUGCCCAACUUCAUGCGGCACGAGAGCCAGAGCGAGGCGGCGAUCAAGCUGAACGAGUUCGCCCCGCUGGUGGAGUACGGCUGCGACGCGCACCUGCGCUUCUUCCUGUGCUCGCUGUACGCGCCCAUGUGCACUGACCAGGUGUCCACGUCCAUCCCGGCCUGCCGGCCCAUGUGCGAGCAGGCGCGGCUCAGGUGCUCGCCCAUCAUGGAGAAGUUCAGCUUCGGCUGGCCCGACUCGCUCGACUGUGCCCGACUGCCCACCAAGAACGACCCCCACGCCCUGUGCAUGGAGGCGCCCGAGAACGACACCAAGCCCGAGGCCAAGAAGGGGGAGGGCAUGCUCCCCGUGCCCCCCCGCCCCAGACCCCCCGGCGCCGGGACCGGCCGCUCGCCGGGGACCCCGGGGUCCUGCGAGAACCCGGAGAAGUUCCAGUACGUGGAGAAGAGCCGGUCCUGUGCCCCCCGCUGCUCCCCGGGGGUGGACGUGUUCUGGUCCCGCCAGGACAAGGACUUCGCCUUCGUCUGGAUGACGGUCUGGUCCGCGCUCUGCUUCGCCUCCACCGCCUUCACCGUGCUGACCUUCCUCCUGGACCCCCACCGCUUCCAGUACCCCGAGCGGCCCAUCAUCUUCCUCUCCAUGUGCUACAACGUCUACUCCGUGGCCUUCAUUAUCCGCUCGGUGGCGGGCGCCGAGAACAUCGCCUGCGACCGCGAGAACGGCGAGCUCUUCGUCAUCCAGGAGGGCCUGGAGAGCACGGGCUGCACCAUCGUCUUCCUCAUCCUGUACUACUUCGGCAUGGCCAGCUCCCUGUGGUGGGUGGUGCUCACGCUCACCUGGUUCCUGGCGGCGGGCAGGAAGUGGGGCCACGAGGCCAUCGAGGCACACAGCAGCUACUUCCACAUGGCGGCCUGGGGGAUCCCCGCCAUGAAGACCAUCGUCAUCCUCACCAUGAGGAAGGUGGCGGGCGACGAGCUGACGGGGCUGUGCUACGUGGGCAGCAUGGACGCGGGCGCGCUGACGGGCUUCGUCCUGGUGCCGCUGUGCUGCUACCUGGCGCUGGGCACCUCCUUCACGCUGACGGGCUUCGCGGCGCUCCUGCACAUCCGCCGGGUGAUGCGGACCGAGGGCGCCGACACGCAGAAGCUGGAGAAGCUGAUGGUGAAGAUCGGCCUGUACGCCGUGCUCUACACCGUGCCCGCCGCCUGCGUCAUCAUCUGCUACUGCUACGAGCGCCUCAACGUGGACCGCUGGAGGUCCCGCGGGCUGCAGGGCAAGUGCGCCCCCUACAGGGGGGGGCGGCGGGGCGACGGCUGCUCCAUGGAGGCCUCGCUCCCCGCCGUGGCCGUCUUCAUGCUGAAGAUCUUCAUGUCGCUGGUGGUGGGCAUCACCAGCGGCGUCUGGGCCUGGAGCCCCAAGACCCUGCAGACGUGGCAGGGCCUGUGCAGCGGGAGGAUGGCGGUAAGGACUACCCGCAAACCCUGCGGCGGCACCGACGCCUGCGGCAGGACUCAGUGCCACUACAAGACCCCCGCCAUCGUGCUCCACAUGACCAAAACCGACCCCUACCUGGACAGCCCCACGCACCUCUGAGAUCACAGCCCUACCUAGACAUGCCUUCCUGGACACCCCCACAUACCUACCUGGACAACCCUAAACAUCUGUGAGACCACACCCCAACAUGACCAAAACUGACCCCCACCUGGACACCCCCACACACACCUGAGACCAGACUUUCUUUUUUAUUUUACCUGUUGUGAACAAAGCUAUUAAACAGGAGUUGGGCUGGGGACACAAUCUGAAUGUAUGGAAGCAGAUUGCCAAGACCCUGCUACAGGCUCCAGAAGCAGUGCCCUUAUCACCCCUUUUAUAAUGCUGCCUCGGGACAAGACUGUAUAUUAUCCCAGGCUGUAGAAUAAGAAAUUAAUCCCCCCGUCCUGGAUGCGUUCCACACAGAAUUACAGGCAGAAUUCAUCAAGAAAAGGGAAGAGGCCUAGUUCAGCCUGCAGUGGGAAGUGCAGCGUUUCUUACCGUUUCCAGGCAAACCUGUCAGCUUAUAAAAACGGUCUCGUAUUCUCCUCUUAUGGCAAAAAGAAAUCUGUUAAAAAUAGUUUACAUUUAUUUAUUUUAUGUGUAUUUAAUUUGUUAUCCAUGGCGUUCCACAGCUUUUAUAUGAAUGUUUCUGUAUAUGUUAGUAAAAAGCCAUAAUGUAAGGGCAAGAGAGUGGAGGAAGCUAAAGUGCCUUUUUAUAACAUAAAUGUUCAAAAGACAAGGCAAUAAAGACAUGUUUCUAUAUUUUCAA